GCGGUCACUCGCUCGCCGGUCACGUGACGAAGCGUCUUGUCGAGUGUCGGGGAGGAGAACGUCCUCGUGCACCUUUUUCGUCCUCCUCCUCCCGGGAGAGAACACCUUCUAGGUGGUCCUGGAUCCUUGUUUUUGCGGGUCGUGUCGUCUACCGAACCACCGAGCCGCCACCAGGCCCUCCUCGGUCUUACCUCAGUCGGCUUGAGACUCACCUCCGGCGGGAAGGAAGGAGGAGGGGGGGUCGAUGAGGAUGCUGGUGAGGUGGCUGGAGAGUGAUGACGAGGCAAAGAGACGCACAGCAUACUUCAAACCUUGCCCCCCAUACCUCAAACCUUGCCCCCCAGACUUCAAAACCUGCCCCCCAUACCCCAAAGCUGGCCCCCACUAAGUAGACAGGGAGGCGGGAAGGGAGCGGAUCCUACAAUGACCAUGUCAUUUCUCUCCAUUAGCCGUGUGUGAGCCGUACACACACACACACACACACACACUCGACGCUCCGUGGGGAGUUUUCCUGCAUGAGGGGAGAAGGCCUAUCUGGGCCACAAAGAUGGAGUUCAGGUGCGUCGGGGCACGCAUGUACCGCUAGAUGCUCCCCCGUGGUCGGAAGGAACAACUGAGAGGAGGAAAAGACGGAAGAUGAAAAAAGGAUCGUCAGGAGUUUAGAGGCUCACCUGGUUAGGAACGCCAGUUCACCUGAGACAUCUUCCCUCCAAGUGCCCUCACCAUGAGCGCCAGGCUGGAGCAAGCCGCCCAGCUCUAGCCCCUCCCCCCUUUCCACCGGUGUGAGUGCGUGUGUGUGAGUGUGUGAGUGUGUGUGUGUGUGUGAGUGUGCGAGCGGCGAGCGCGUGCAUGAGUGUGAUGGCGAUGUGCGUCUGGGCGGCGGCCCCUCUGCUCUUCCUGGGCCUGUGCCUUUGCAGCGUGGGGGGCCAGGCCCAAGGCGAGGUCCUGGAGUUCGGAGGCGUGUCCAGUCAGUGGGGUCGCUUCCCGGUGUGGAACGCCUGCUGCGAGAGCGUGCUGAGCUUCAGCCUGCGGACUCACAGCCAGGAGGGCCUUCUGCUCUACCUGGACGACGAGGGCUUCUGCGACUUCCUGGAGCUGCUGCUCCUCCGCGGCCACCUGCGCCUGCGCUUCUCCAUCUUCUGCGCCGAGCCGGCUGAGCUGCAGUCGGGCGUGGCGGUGAGCGACGGGCGCUGGCACGCCGUGCGCGUCAAGCGGGACUGGAAGAACACCUCGCUGGAGGUGGACGGGCGGCUGGAGGGAUGGGCGGAGGUGAAGAGCAAGAGGAGAGACAUGACGGUGUUCAGCCACACCUACUUGGGCGGAGUGACGCCGGAGCUCCACUCGUCGCCCCUGCGCCUCACCUCGCCGUCGGUUCGGGAACACCCCGCCUUCCGUGGCUGGAUCACGGCGGUGAGCAUCAACGGCUCGCUGGUGGCGCUGGACAGCUCCGAGGGCGUCACGGUAACGGCCGGUUGCGGGCCGGACCACCGGUGCCAGAAUGGAGGGGUGUGCAGCUUGGUCAACGACCGCGCCGUCUGCGACUGCUCCGACACCGGUUACCAAGGCAACGACUGCAGUGAAGAGCACGCCUACACGCCAGGUCUGGCACACCUGAUGAUUGGCGACCAAGCGCGCGAGGAGUACGUGGCCACCUUCAAGGGCUCCGAGUACUUCUGCUACGACCUGUCCCCCAACCCCAUCCAGUCCAGCAGCGACGAGAUCACGCUGUCCUUCAAGACGCUGCAGCGGAAUGGCCUCAUGCUGCACACGGGCAAGUCGGCCGACUACGUCAACCUGGCGCUCAAGAACGGAGCCGUGUCGCUGGUCAUCAAUCUCGGCUCCGGGGCCUUCGAGGCCCUGGUGGAGCCCGUCAACGGCAAGUUCAACGACAACGCCUGGCACGACGUCAAGGUCACCCGCAACCUGAGACAGCACUCAGGCAUUGGACACGCUAUGGUGACCAUCUCCGUGGACGGCAUCCUGACCACCACGGGCUACACCCAGGAGGAUUACACCAUGCUGGGCUCCGACGACUUCUUCUACGUGGGAGGGAGCCCCAGCACGGCCGACCUCCCGGGGUCCCCAGUCAGCAACAACUUCAUGGGCUGUUUGAAAGAGGUGGUGUACAAGAAUAAUGAUGUGCGGCUGGAGCUGUCCAGACUUGCUAAACAGGGAGACCCCAAGAUGAAGGUUAGCGGCGUGGUGUCUUUCAAGUGCGAGAGUGUUGCCACGCUGGAUCCCGUGACCUUUGACACGCCGGAGUCUUUCGUGGCGCUCAGCAAGUGGACGGCGAAGAAGGCCGGGUCCAUCUCCUUCGACUUCAGGACCACCGAGCCCAACGGCCUGAUGCUGUUCAGCCACGGGAAGCCCAGGCAGAUGCAGCGCAAGGACCCCCGCACGCCGCCCACCGUCAAGGUGGAUUUCUUUGCCAUUGAGAUGCUGGACGGCCACCUAUACCUGCUGCUGGACAUGGGCUCAGGGACCACCAAGACCAAGGCCAUCGACAAGAAGGUCAAUGAUGGAGAAUGGUACCACGUGGACUUCCAGAGGGACGGACGCUCAGGGACCAUCUCGGUGAACAGCGUGCGGACAGCAUACACGGCGCCAGGUGACAGCGAGAUCCUGGACCUGGAUGAGACCCUUUACCUCGGUGGACUUCCUGAGGACCGGGCCGGACUCAUCUUCCCUACAGAGGUGUGGACGGCGCUGUUGAACUACGGCUACGUGGGCUGCAUCCGGGACCUGUUCGUGGACGGCCAGAGCAAAGACAUCCGGCGGCUGGCCGAGGCCCAGAGGGCGGUGGGGGUGAAGCCGUCGUGCUCCAGGGAGCCCCCCAAGCAGUGCCUGUCCAACCCCUGCCAGCACAACGGCGUCUGCAGGGAGGGCUGGAACCGCUACGUCUGCGACUGCUCAGGGACCGGGUACCUGGGACGUUCCUGCGAGAGGGACGCCACCAUCUUGUCGUACGACGGCAGCAAGUUCAUGAAGGUGCAGCUGCCCAUGGCCAUGCACACGGAGGCGGAGGACGUCUCGCUGCGCUUCCGCUCCCAGCGGGCCUACGGCGUUCUCAUGGCAACCACAUCCCGCAACUCGGCAGACACCCUCCGCCUGGAGCUGGACGGGGGCCGAGUACGGCUCACAGUCAACCUAGACUGUAUCAGGAUAAACUGUACAGCCAGUAAAGGCCCAGAGACCAUCUUUGCGGGCUCGGGUCUCAAUGAUAAUGAGUGGCACACGGUGAGGGUGGUCCGGCGUGGCAAGAGCCUCAAGCUCACCGUGGACGACCUGCAGCCCGUUGAAGGUCAAAUGGCGGGCGACCACACGCAGCUGGAGUUCCACAACGUGGAGACGGGCAUUGUGACGGAGAAGCGCUUCAUGCCCGCCGUGCCCUCCAACUUCAUCGGGCACCUGCAGGGCCUGGGUUUGAACGGCAUGCCCUACAUCGACCUGUGUAAGAACGGCGACAUCGACUACUGCGAGCUCAAUGCCGUCAUCGGCUACAAGAGCAUCGUGGCCGACCCCGUCACGUUCCGCUCGCGCUCCAGCUUCGUCACGCUGCCCACGCUGCAGGCGUACUACUCCAUGCACCUGUUCAUGCAGUUCAAGACCACCUCGCCCGACGGGCUCAUCCUCUUCAACCGAGGGGACGGGAACGACUUCAUCGUGGUUGAGCUGGUCAAAGGCUACCUUCACUACAUCUCUGACCUGGGCAACGGAGCCCACCUGAUCAAGGGCAACUCCAACAGCCCCUUGAAUGACAACCACUGGCACAACGUCCACAUUUCCAGAGACACCAACAACCUUCACACGGUCAAGAUCGACACCAAGGUCACCACUCAGACAACCAUGGGGGCAAAGAACCUGGACCUGAAGGGUGACCUGUACAUCGGGGGCGUGUCCAAAGAGAUGUACAGAGACCUUCCGAAGCUGGUCCACUCCCGGGAAGGAUUCCAGGGUUGCUUAGCAACGGUGGAUCUCAACGGCCGGCUCCCUGACCUUUUGGCGGAUGCCUUGGCAACCAUGGGACAAGUGGAGCGAGGAUGCGAAGUUACAUUGAUGAAAGCUGACUUGCAAGGCCCCAGCACCACCUGCCAGGAGGACUCCUGCUCCAAUCAGGGGGUUUGCCUGCAGCAGUGGGAGGGCUUCACCUGCGACUGCAGCAUGACUUCGUACGCUGGGCCGCUGUGCAACGACGCUGGGACGACGUACAUCUUCGGGCGGGACGGCGGCAUGGUGACCUACACCUGGCCCCCGAAUGAGCGCCCCAGCACCCGGGCGGACCGGCUGGCCCUGGGCUUCAGCACCCAGCAGAAGCACGCCAUCCUCCUGCGCGUGGACAGCGCAUCGGGCCUGGGAGACUACCUUCAGCUGCAGAUAGACAAAGGCAACAUCAGAGUGGUGUUCAAUGUGGGCACGGACGACAUCAACAUCGAGGAGAGCUCCAAGUUUGUCAACGACGGGAAGUACCAUAUUAUCCGCUUCACCCGCAGCGGGGGCAAUGCCACCCUCCAGCUGGACGACCUGCCCGUCAUCGAGCGCUACCCCUUAGGCAACAUUGAUAACGAGCGCCUGGCCAUCGCCAGACAGCGAAUCCCCUAUCGGCUCGGUCGAGUAGUUGACGAUUGGCUACUCGACAAAGGUCGCCAGCUGACCAUCUUCAACAGCCAGACCACAGUCCGCGUGGGCGGGCGCGACCUGGGCGCCGCCAUGUUCCAAGGCCAGCUCUCGGGCCUCUACUACAAUGGCCUACGCAUCCUCAACAUGGCUGCCGAGGGCCACCCGCACAUCAGGGUGCACGGCAGCGCUCGGCUGGUGGGCGACAUGCCGUCCUCCUCCAUCACGCCGCAGUCCAGCGCCGCCGCCGGGGGCAACCGCUCUGACUCCGCCCCGUCCAUCAGCGACAUCACAACCACCACGGCCACCAACAGGAAGCAGGGCGCCACCCAGCAGUCGGCCGACGACAUCCUGGUGGCGUCCGCCGAGUGUCCGAGUGACGAUGAAGACAUCGACCCCUGCGACCCCAGCUCAGCCCGCCCCCCCCUGCCGGAGGUGAAGGUGUUCCCCGGCCCGUCGGAGGUGGUGCGCGAGAGCAGCAGCACAACGGGCAUGGUGGUGGGCAUCGUGGCGGCGGCGGCGCUCUGCAUCCUCAUCCUGCUCUACGCCAUGUACAAGUAUCGCAACCGCGACGAGGGCUCGUACCACGUGGACGAGAGCCGCAACUACAUCAGCAACUCGGCCACGCAGCCCAACGGCAGCGCCAAGGACAAGCCGCUGGGCAUCACCAAGAUCUCCAAGAACAAGAAGAACAAGGACAAGGAGUACUACGUCUGAGGGAUGGAUGCAUACACCUUUAUAUAUUCAAAGGCUCUAUGUACAUAAAUAGCUAUAUUCUCAAAAGAGCAUACACACAUGGACAAGAACAUGCUGACCUUUAUGUUUUUCUCUACAGCAAUCACACACACGUUCAAGCACAAACACACACACGCACGCACACGCACACAAACUGGCCUAAAAGGGACCCUUAUUGUAUAAAAUGUACCGAUGAACGGAGCCUGGAGGAAGGCUCCCUUUAUGAACCAUGAAGAUCAUUCCAAACGAAGAGCGGCCCCCACACACUUGAGGAAAAAUGCCAGCGUUCCAUUGCGUGAGUUGACUCUGAAUGGAAAAGGAGAGUAACAUUCAAGUUCCGCCAUAUUGGGAAAGCAGACAAACCCAGCUGAGAUCUGAGAUCUGAGAUCUUCUUUGGCUUUCCUCUCAUUUUCAACGCUCCUGGCGGGAUUGAAGACAACCUAAAUACGUUCCCAGAGCACAUGCAUCGAGUCCACCGCUGACGAUGAAAGCACCGCUGAUAUUUACAUAAAACACGCAUCAUAUACCGGAGUGUGUGUGUGUGUGUGUGUGUGUGUGUGUGUGUGUGUGUGUGUGUGUGUGUGUGUAGCUGGAGAGCAGAGCACCAAAAAAAAUGUUGCAGCAACACGACGAGCAGCCCUAAAGUGUCUUCUUCUUCUUCUCUGAGCUUUUCUUGGCCUUCCUGUGUGCAGACAAGGGAAGAAGAAAUGGAACUAUUCUCCAUCAAGGAAAGAAACAAGCACAGUGCAGGAAGGGGACGGGAAAUCAGGGUGCAGCCACAUAGCCACUGGAGGACCGUGGAGCGGGCAGGGCCUCCGUGAUGAUGAUGAUGAUGAUGAUGAAGAAGGUGAUGAUGAUGAUGCUUUGUUCCCGCCAUGACUCCAGGAGGUUUUCCCUGGAAGGGAUACCUGAGACUAGAGAUGCUACCUACAGACACCCGUGAUGUCCCACUAAACCCAACACGUAUGGUAAGCGAGACACGCCAGGACCUGUUUCGAUGAUGGAUGAUUGGCGGAGACUGUAUCGACUCUCCCAGGGACGGGGGCGGGGCUUGGGCUUGUUUCUCAUUGCACGUGACUUAUCUUACUCUGAGUGAUUUAUACCCGGGGCCAGAGAUCUCCACAGGGGACGCCAUCGUAGAUGCAUUCUUUGAAAUUGGCGCCAGUCGGAAUUGAGUGUGUGUCGCAUGCCUGUGGCGUAGGGGGCGGGGUUAACAGUUUAAGAGCGAUGCUAAUUCCGAAGUGGACUUUUUACGACACCUUGGGUUGACUCACUCGGGACAGGCGUGUGUGUUUUUUUCCUAGUUUUGUUGAGUUUUUUUACACAUAUAUGAUAUAAGGGUGCCAUGAGGUCGGCCAGCUCUGCUCCAGUUCUUCCACGCCAUGUACAUCCGAUGCAUGCUGGCAGGACAAAAAAAACCGUGUGGGAUGAUAGCGUCCACAUGAUCUUCUCCAUCCUGACCCCUCCUCUACGAUGUUUCUCUGGUAUUCCUCCUUCUCCUCCUCCUCCUCCUCCUCCUCCUCCUCUCUAUAUCUCUUUCUCGCUCUGUUUGUGUUGCCAUCCGACGGCGGAGGCGCUUCUCCCCCCCGAGUGGGCCUCCACGUAUACUAGGUGUUCAUUGACCAUGUUAUUAUUUUCUAUAUGUACAAUUUUUCUACAGUAUUUACUUUUAUUUUUAUUGUUACGGUUCUUUGAUGAACAUAAAGUGGAAAUUUAUUAUGAAAAAUAGUUUUGAAGAUUAAUGAGUAAAUAAAAUAUUACCCAAGUCA